AUGAAUUCUACCUAAGAAUGGGUCUUUCAUACAAGUGAUAAUCAAAUCAUUAAAUUUAAGAGUGAAUUAUUAAACUUCUGCGAUUUGUUGUAAGAUAAAGAAAUAGAUGAACCAUUGCCAGUUGCGAUUGAUGUAAAAGUUCAAAUUAAAGCCAUAGUUUGCAGUCCUCAGUGUAAUUAAGAAAUUUUGUGAAGUUCAUAAUUACGAGAGAGAGGCAAUAAGAAUUAAAAAACCAAUCAUCAAUAAUAAAAUUAAUGACAAUUUGGACUAAUAAUCAGUUCAGGCUUUAUAGUUAUCAGACGAACUAUUUGAUAAAGUCUUAGCAGCCUCCUAUUACUUGAGUUUUGAUCUCUUAAGACAGGCAUGCUUAUGUAUUUUAGCAUGUUAAAUUUACAUUGAUGAUAAUGAAAAUGACAUUGAAAGGUAGAGGAUUGUAUCAUAAAAAUAGAGCACGAAAACAGUAUGGCUUAAGUGAGAUAACACCAGAAUAGGAAAAUGAAGCUAUUACAAAGAAUAGACCUGUAUUUGAAUAAUUGUAGAAACAAUUUUUUGAAAUGCUCAAAUAGUUUGAAGAUGAACAAGAAGUAAAAUUAAGAUUAUAGCAAUAAAUAUAAUGAAUGACUAAUUUAUCAUUUAAAAAGUUUUAAUAUGAAUAUUAUCUGAC